AUGGGGGAUCUCCCUCUCCGCCGCCGCGUGCGCGUGGGCCUCCUGUUCGCGGUCGUCGUGCUCCUGGGCGGCGGCGGCGCGGACGCCGGCGUGACGAGCUCGUACCGGCGGAAGCUGGAGGCGACGGUGGAGAUGCCGCUGGACGCCGACGUCUUCCGCGUCCCGCCGGGGUACAAUGCCCCGCAGCAGGUGCACAUCACGCUGGGCGACCAGGAGGGCACGGCCAUGAUCGUGUCGUGGGUGACGCCCAGCGAGCUGGGCAACACCACCGUCGCGUUCGGCGAGCACCCGGACCCGGAGAAGAUGGAGCGCCGCGCCGAGGGCACACACACGCGCUACGACUACUUCAACUACACCUCCGGCUUCAUCCACCACUGCACCCUCAAAAACCUCAAGCACAGCACCAAGUACUACUACGGCAUGGGGUUUGGCCACACGGUGAGGACCUUCUCCUUCACCACGCCGCCCAAGCCGGGCCCUGAUGCGCCCUUCAAGUUCGGCCUCAUCGGCGACCUCGGGCAGACGUUCGACUCCAACACCACGCUCUCACACUACGAGGCCAACGGCGGCGACGCCGUGCUGUACGUCGGCGACCUCUCGUACGCCGACAACCACCCGCUCCACGACAACAACCGGUGGGACACAUGGGCACGCUUCGUGGAGCGCAGCGCGGCGUACCAACCCUGGAUCUGGACGGCGGGGAACCACGAGCUGGACUUCGCGCCGGAGCUGGGCGAGACGACCCCCUUCAAGCCGUUCACGCACCGGUACCCGACGCCGUACCGCGCCGCGGGCAGCACGGAGCCGUUCUGGUACUCGGUGAAGAUCGCCUCCGCGCACGUCGUCGUGCUCGCCUCCUACUCGGCCUACGGCAAGUACACGCCGCAGUGGACGUGGCUGCAGGCGGAGCUGCAGCAGCGCGUGGACCGGACCACCACGCCGUGGCUGGUGGUGCUGAUGCACUCGCCGUGGUACAACAGCAACAACUACCACUACAUGGAGGGGGAGACGAUGCGGGUGCAGUUCGAGCGGUGGCUCGUCGACGCCAGGGUCGACAUCGUGCUGGCCGGCCACGUCCACUCGUACGAGCGCAGCCACCGCGUGUCCAACGUCGCCUACAACAUCGUCAACGGCAAGGCCACGCCGGUGAGGAACGCCGACGCGCCGGUGUACGUGACCAUUGGGGACGGCGGCAAUAUUGAGGGGGUUGCGGAUAACUUCACGCGCCCGCAGCCGGGGUACUCGGCGUUCCGGGAGGCGAGUUUCGGGCAUGCGACGUUGGAGAUCAGGAACCGGACGCAUGCGUACUACUCGUGGCACCGGAACCAUGACGGCGCUAAGGUCGUCGCCGAUGGCGUCUGGUUGACUAACAGGUACUGGAUGCCCACCGACGACGACGCCAUCUGA